AUGGUUCCUAGUGAAUCGCCGCAAACCACUGAUAAUACUCGCUUAACGAAACAAAAAUGUGUUCGGUUCUUGAAAAUCGCUCUUCCACAUCUUGGUCUCUAUUUGUUUCUGUUCUUCUAUUUACUUGGCGGAGCAUGGACUUUUUCAAGAAUUGAAUCUUCACCAGAUCAUCUUCAUCAGUUGGAGAAGCUGGAGCGUGUUCGAAAUGUCUAUCGUGAGAUUGCAAUUGCGGCCACAGAGUCGUGCCCAGUCUCGUCGGAACUUGAUCCUGACUUUAGAUCGCAAAUCUUCAACUCGCUAUCGAAGUGA